CAGCAAGUUCGCUGUCUCACAGAGACCUUUGGUGCUAAAAUAUUGUUCAAAAUAUAAGCAUUAAUUAGAAAACUUCCCCAGCGCAGGACGGCUGAAGAUGCCGAAAAAAAUGGGAAUCAACUCCAAGGCCGUCGAAGCGCGGGAACGUAAGGCGGAUGCGAAGAAAAGCGCCAACGACAAAGCAGCCAAGGCAGCUGAGGAUGCCCUGUGGGUGGACGAUGAUAAACAAUUAGCGAAGAAAAAGAAACAAAAGGAGGACGAAGAACGACGUAAAGCGGAAGCUGCUCGCAAAAAGGCCGAAGCAAAGGCAUUACUGGAGGAGGAAAUGAGCUCGAUCAAGACUACGGCGAAGGUUUCGACGCAAAAGGUGACACGAUCGCAGAUCGAGGCGGAAGUGGAAAAGCGAAACCGAACCAUUGAGACAAUCAACAACCCGCCAAAGCAACCCGCCCUGCCGAAGCCAAUACCACUGGAGGAAAAUCUAAACCGUGUGAUGGCUGAUACGGAGGUAGCGCAAACCAUCGAUCAGGCCAUCGCCGUUCUGAGUGUGGGCGACUCGUCCGUCGAUCGACAUCCCGAGAAACGCAUGAAGGCGGCUUACAAGGCAUAUGAGGAAGCUGAACUGACUCGACUGAAACAAGAAAACCCUUCGUUGAAGCUGUCCCAGCUGAAGCAAAUGAUCUUCAAGAAUUGGCAAAAAUCUCCGGAGAACCCUAUGAACCAAAUUCGAGCCUAAUGCCAGUGAGCGUGUGAUGAUAAUCCUGUAAAAGCGUUGUAAAUGCACAAGAAAUGCAGGUAUGCUCUAAAAUUAAUAUGUUGGUGUUCAACCUACGAUUAACAGAAUCGAUCUCAUA